UAGCACCGGACACUCUCUUGCGUGCACGCCGGGCACAAUAAGUGUUAGCAUUUUUGUCUCGUUCAAAGCUUCAUCCCGAACCGGAUGUCCUUGUGUGUGAGGCUCGAUGGGUGCUCUCGGGCUCUCGCAUCAGUACGCGCUCCAGCGAUUGCAUACACUCUCGCGCCGUUAUCUCCUACGCGUCGUUCGUCGAUGAUAGGAAAAUCCUUCGGUGUACGACAAACAUCUACUUGGCCUUCGCUUCAGUCGAGUUUUGGUCGUUCCGGGCGUCGGAAAGGCGGACCUCCGGUGCUCGUCUGCAUCGUUCCGGCAACAUCCGUCGUUGCUCGCACAGCACACACCACCCAGCGCGUGUGUCAGUGUGGUGUUUCUUGAGUGAGUUUUCCUGAUUUUUUUCCUUCCUAUUAACACGGUGUGGUUGCUUCAUUCAUUCGCCCCAAAACGAUGUAGCGAUGACCCACACCCAGAUUUGCCCCAGAACAAGAAGCAACGUGCAAGGGCGUCCCUUAUUUUUUUAGGUGUAUCCUUCCCAACGUAAAGCUUCUACUGACCUCGUGAUUUAGUGUGUGCUUUUGUACUUGUGUGUAUGUACCUACCUUCCCCCUUCAAAACUCCUAUCUCCACAUUACCUUACUUUUCCCAAUAAACGUUCGAAGUUUUCCACAAGUGAAGGAAAAGUUGCUUUAAAAUUUCGCGCUGCAUCAUCAAUAUUUUCAACCCCAUUCGAGGGUUCAGCUAAGUGAUAGUGCAUGUGGUUACGAUUGUGUCCGUGUCUGUUGCGUCUGAGCCUGUGCCUCGGACUGUGACCAAGGCCAGUGAAACAGUUCCGUAGCAGUUUUGCUUGCAGGGCAAAUCGUGCGUUGUGUAAUAUGAACGUAUAUAUCCAUUUCGAUUACUCUAAAGCUGAUUCGCUUUCCCUAUUUCUAAGGUGCUCCGGCCACAGCACAUGCAUGUGAGGGUGAUUGUGCCAAGUGCGAUUGCAUGUGCGUGGGUGUGCGAUAGAGAGGUGCUUACGCGUGUGUACGUGAUUGGUCUUGCCCUGUAAGGCAACUGUAAACCGUGACAGGAUUGUACGCCACCAUCCUUCCCUUACAUCGAUCGUGCCCCCGAUUGAAGCGGCUUUGAAGGAAAAGUUCACAAAACAAGCAGACAGGUGAUUUCGAAGCUGGACGGGAAGAUUAUCCUCUGGGACACGGGGGGCCGGGGGAAGCUUCGAUGUUGAUGAACUGUACGAGCAUUCCGACGCUCUGCCAAAGCCGUCCCGGACACAUGCCGUGCACCGUUCAAGCAAAGCGAAACCUACCAAAUCAGCGUUACCAGCAUUGAACAAACAAUCCUAACAAAAUGUCAUAAAGUCCAUGAGUGACGCUUAAAUCAUACCAAAACCCACCGAAUUAGUGCUAUAAAGAGCCAGUAUUUGCCAGCUUGCCAAGCGUCUUACCGCCAAGCAUUAGCCUCAUUCUUCACCACAUUAUCUUCUGCACCUUUGCCGACAAAGGCACUUCCGCACUUUAGUACGUGUACGUGUAUGUGCCUGUGUGUGUGUGUGUGUCUGAGUUUAUUUUGUAACCAUACGCGUGAGCUUGUGGCCCCAGCGUAGGUGCGUAGGUGUGCGAUUGUAUGUGGUUAUCUGUGUGUAUGUGUGUGAUUACUUGUGGUGCAAGGAUAAAGUGAAAUGCAUAUUUACCAUCCGGUUGCGUCUUGCGUAAUGCGAGGUGUAAUUGAGCAAACAAUUAAAUCGCACCACCACUACCACCAUCGGCAGGAAGUGACAGUGAGUAACAGAAACUUAUACCAACCGUGAAGAGGAAGUAUUUUUUUUUUGCCAACAAACCAACAACAACAAGAAAAAAACAAACCAAGGAAAGGUGUGCAAUCAAGGAAAGAGGUUUGCGUUUGGCGAGAAAGUGAAUCCUUUUAAGGAAACCCUUAACGGGUGGUUCAGCUGUUAAACAGCGCCACCACCAGCCAGGUGGUGAGAGAAAAGAAUAAAUCAACCUUGAUUCACCAGAGUCACCAGAGGACCCCGUUUUCCCCCGCUUGGCUGCUGCUGGCGAAAAGGAACAUGCGCCCAAACGGAUCGUCACAUCAGCUACUAGACAUCCCGUGGACAUGAGUGUUCCAUGACUCAUCGCGAUGCAUAAAAUUGCGUUAUGGCCCUGGUUAGCCAUAGCCUGGAGAUGGAGAAUCGUCAUUAUAUUGAAUUUGUUAGCACAAAGCUGGUGCGCCGGCUCUGCCCUGUCAAGUGGUUUAAAAACAAGCGAUGGAAGUAGCAUCGGGGACGGCGGUGAAGGUAGCAGUAGCCGUGGUGGUGUGGCCGAAGUUCCCAACCCGGUAGGACUGCCCCCGGAUGGGGUGCUUGGUGGGCCGACGACCAUCUAUACCGAGCGUCACUCCAUAUCACCGACGGAGGAAGCCAUCGAAGACUCUCUGCAAACAAUUCACGACAUCGCGACGGAAAACCUGGGCGCUCUCUGUCUGACGAAACUCUAUCGGCCACUAAAGAUAACGCUCAACCCGGAGCGCUACACCGGUGCCCGCCAGAAGGCCGAUCUAGCCGCGGUUGUACUCCAGGACGUGGGUGUGUCACGCCACAACGGUUUGCUUGAUGCACUGGCGAAGGGUUUACUUUCCGACGCACACGUCACCAGUGCCCGAAUCCUAUCGAUCAACAUUAGCGAUGGUUUGCUCACCAACUCCGUCUGGUGGAACAAGGAACCGGGUGGUAUGGGUGGCCCGUUACGGAUCGAAGCUGAAGGUAUAGCGAUCGGUACUAAACCUGAUCCCACCUAUCCAUGGUUCGAAGAUGAAACAUCGUCGCCUGGUUUACGGUCACCAAAGUUUACGCCAACACCACCAGACAUUUCGUACAAAGGUUGGUGGACUUACCCAUACUAUUCCUGCGGCCAGAAGAAAUGGAUUCUCUCGUAUAGUGUCGCAAUCCCACCGAUGGGUCGCCACGGCAUUCGCGGUUUUCUUAGCAUCGAUAUCGACAUUAGUGAUCUGCAAGUUAACCAAUGCAACAACCCGAAUCGCUACGAAAUCCUCAGCUACAAUCAGCACCUUCGACAAUUUUACCCAUUCGUCCGGAACCUCAAGCACGGUGAGGAUGAGCAGCUGCGGCAGAUUGAGGCUUUUCAUGGUUCGCACAAGUGCCAUGUUCACAGUAUGCGAUGUGAGUAUCGGCCGGUCGUCACCAGUGUUAUCAGUUCGUCGGCGUCCCUUACACUUGGCCCGAACGGUACCGGUCCGGUAAUCCAGAGCUUGGUCAAUGGAACGUCCAGCGGCCCGAGCGUACUGUUAGCUACCGGCAGUGCAUUGCAAACCGUCGUCAAUGGAUGGACCCGUGGUGCCUAUCAGUGUCGCUGCAAGGAUGGAUUUUAUUCGUUCCGUCAUCCGGAUGGAUUCAAUGGUAGCAUCAUGGAGGUGGCGUACCAGGAAUACCGAGAUAAUAUCAGCUCCUACUAUAAGGAGGUGUUCGUCUGCGUUCGAUGUGCACCCGGGUGUGCUACCUGUACCGGGCCGGAACCAUGUCUGGCGAGCUACAAUUGGGCGUUCAGAACGACACUGCUCACCUUCUCCAUCAUGUGCGCCGGGUUUACCGUCGUGCUCGCACUGUACAUGUAUCAGCACCGGAAGGUGAAAGUGUUCAAGGUGGCCAGCCCAAUCUUUCUCACCAUCACGCUGCUCGGUUGUGCCUUCAUGUACCUGGAGAUGGCGGCCAUCUUUCCCAUCCUCGACACCUACUCGUGCAUCGCCACCAAAUGGACGCGCCACAUGGGUUUCUGCGUGACGUACACGGCACUGCUGAUGAAGACCUGGCGCGUUUCGCUUACCUAUCGCGUCAAAUCCGCACACAAGGUGAAGCUUACCGACAAGCAGCUGCUCCAGUGGAUGGUUCCGAUACUGUUGGUCAUGUUUAUCUACCUUGGCACCUGGACACUUUCAGCUCCACCGACGGCGGAGAGGAUCGAGGACCAGUAUGGGUUGAUAUUCAAGCAGUGCUCGUACAACUGGUGGGACCACAGUUUGGCCAUCGGCGAGGUACUGUUUCUUGCCUGGGGAAUACGCGUCUGCUACAACGUGCGCAAUGCCGAAUCGCUUUACAACGAGGCAAAACUCAUCUCCUACGCCAUCUACAAUAUUGCGCUGGUCAACACGACCAUGGUAGCAUUCCACUUGUUCAUUUUCCCCCAGGCUGGGCCGGAUAUUAAAUACCUGCUCGGGUUCAUACGAACGCAGCUUUCCACCUCGGUCACGAUAGCGCUCGUGUUCGGUCCGAAAGUUUUGCGUAUCCUGCGCGGACAGGGUGACCAGUGGGAUCAGCGGGCACGGAAACGUGGCAUCACGGCAUCCUUUUCGCUCAACGGCAUCGGACUGGUGCCGGAGGAAACUGCCGACCUAUAUCAGGAGAACGAAGAGCUGAAGGAAGAGAUUCAGAAACUCGCUGCUCAAAUUGAAUUCAUGAAAAUUGUUCACAUGGAAAUGAACAAUCGCCAUCUGAAGCCGAAACCGGGCGGCUACUUUACCAUGAAAAGCCCACUCGGCAAAUCGUUCGGUGGCGGUGGUACGGGUGGUGGAACGAGCGGAGGCAGUGGCAGUGGUUCCCAUCGGCACAAACACGCCAAGGAGGACUCGGUGAAGGAGCACAGCGGCGUCACGGAGGAUGGACACAGUGGUACAAACAGUUGCUACUCGGGAACGGCUAACUCCAUCGGGUGAGUUUUAACUUUACAUCGCAACCGACCACCACCGCAAACAACAGCAGCGGAACGACCGAGAAGGUAUGACAAGGCAACCGAGAUGGACACACGGCGACGAGAGAUACCGACACGA